CUUCUCAGCUUAUAUCAGUCCUGGUGUUUAGUCAAACUGGUUUCCCAUGUUUUCAGUUAUUUUUAAUGCAACAACGAAAAAUGCAACAAAAUUAUUGAAAAUCAGUUAUUUUAAUAAAGAUCAUUGAUUGUUUACCUUUCCAUUCAAUCGCCAUUUUCAUCAUCGUCUUGUCUCUCCAUUUCAUCGUAAUCAUUGGAAUCAUUCAUCAAUAAUUAUGUUUAAUCUAAUUUUCCUGUUCCUAACUAUUCCUUGUAUAUUUAGUGCUCGACACAAUGGACUAACACCUAGAUCCACCGGCUCAUCAGGUGCAAUUAUUUUCCCAAAUGCUCAGAGGCCUCCAAGUGCACCAAAUUCAUUUGACACUGCACUCUUAAGGACUGCUGGAUUGAGGAAUGCAAGUGAAAUCUUUGCUGCCCUCGGUAUUCAAGAAGUAAAUGAUGAUCCUCUCGCAGGACGAAAGAAGACAAAUUAUGCUGAACAAGCCGUUUGUGAACCUGAAUUACGUACAGUUGAAGUUGGCGACCAAGGAAUUGAAUCGGGUGAAAUAUUUUUCCCCAAAUGUGUUCGAGUCUUGAGGUGUGGCGGUUGCUGUGAUAUCAGUGAUCGAAUGGCUUGUACACCAACCAAAAUAUCCCACCGAGAUGUGAAACGGGCAAAAAUACGGAUUCGACGAUCAACAACACCAGCAGCUUCCUCACAGACCGUUCAAGUUGAAGUACAUGAGGAAUGUCGUUGCAUGUGUAAAGUAAAAGAGGAACAUUGUAAUCCCAAUUUACAUGUUUACCAAGCCGAUCUUUGUAAAUGUGUUUGUAAUAAUGAACAAGAUGCAGUUGCGUGUCGUAAUAUGGCUCCGGCCAAAUCAUGGGAUAAUAACGAAUGCAAAUGUAAAUGUAGAGACGUUAAACAUUGUCCGUCUGGAACUGAAUUUAGCCACGAUACUUGCAACUGUGAGGCUUCAUAAAACGGGUUAUUUAGCUGGAGCAAUCAAGAAUGGAUUAUCCAAUGGUCAUUGAAAAAUUCAAUUUAUUUAUGUCAUAAAUAACCAUUACUACAAUAAUAUUAUAUUAAUUGCAUCUUGAUGAUCUUGACAUUCAUUUACAUGUUAAUUUCUAUGAUUAAAGUGUAUUAAAUAUGUAAACAUAAA